GCUGGGUCCUCGAACUCCUCGAGACGCUUCGCUUUGCAGUUUCCAGCAAAAGCAAAGAAAUUUGGAUUAAUUUGAAAUUUGUAUGGUUUGGUGAUUGGUGAUUUCAAACGGAACCACAAGAAUCACAUAGAAUGCCUGGAGAAAACUUAACCAACGACAGUGAAUCCUCAUCCGCAUCAGAUGCCGAGGCUGAGGCUGAUACUAACUCCAAAAAUGAGGACUUCAAUGCCAAGCUGGAAACCGAUCAGGGCAAACGUUUUGACUACCUCCUCAAGCAAACAGAAAUUUUCUCACAUUUCAUGAACCAAACCAAGUCUCCUAGCAAACCUAAUAGUGUUGGUAGACCAAAGAAAGCUAAGGAAGAACUUAAUGCAGAUCACAGACAUCGUAAAACCGAACAGGAAGAAGAUGAAGAACUCUUAGCUGAAACCAAUACGAAAACGAAAGCUUUGGUUAGGUUUGAUGUCUCUCCCCCAUAUAUUAAAGGAGGAGAAAUGAGAGAUUAUCAAGUUAGUGGUUUGAACUGGAUGAUCUCUUUGUAUGAAAAUGGCAUCAAUGGUAUUCUUGCUGAUGAAAUGGGUUUGGGUAAAACCUUGCAAACCAUCUCCCUACUAGGCUUCAUGAAACAUUAUAAAAACACAGCGGGGCCCCAUAUAGUAAUUGUACCAAAAUCUACACUUUCAAACUGGAUAAAUGAAUUUAGCAAAUGGUGUCCAUCAUUGAGGGCGGUUUGUCUAAUUGGUGAUCAAGCAGAAAGGAAUGCUCUCAUUAGGGAUGUCCUAAUGCCUGGUGAAUGGGACGUCUGUGUCACUUCUUUUGAAAUGUGUAUCAAGGAAAAAUCAGUCUUUAAAAAAUUUAACUGGCGCUACAUGGUUAUUGAUGAAGCUCACAGAAUCAAAAACGAAAAAUCCAAACUCUCUGAAAUCCUCAGAGAAUUUAAAACAUCAAACAGACUAUUGUUGACUGGUACUCCAUUGCAAAAUAACUUACAUGAACUUUGGGCCCUUUUAAAUUUCUUACUUCCUGAUGUCUUCAAUUCAUCUGAAGAUUUUGACUCUUGGUUUAAUACCAAUGAAUGUUUAGGCGAUAAUUCUUUAGUUGAAAGAUUGCACGCCGUAUUGAAGCCGUUUCUGCUGAGAAGAUUGAAAUCUGAAGUAGAGAAGGGAUUGAAGCCCAAAAAAGAAGUCAGCGUUUAUGUUGGAUUGAGUAAAAUGCAAAGAGAAUGGUACACAAAAGUAUUACUAAAAGAUAUUGACAUUGUCAACGGAGCUGGAAAAGUUGAAAAGAUGCGUCUACAAAACAUUCUUAUGCAGCUUAGGAAAUGUACAAACCACCCAUACUUGUUCGAUGGAGCUGAACCAGGUCCUCCCUACACUACAGAUGAACAUAUUGUAUUUAAUUGUGGCAAAAUGGUCAUUUUAGACAAAUUAUUACCUAAGCUGCAAGAACAAGGCAGUCGAGUAUUGAUAUUUUCGCAAAUGACGCGUAUGUUGGAUAUCCUUGAAGAUUAUUGCCACUGGAGGAUGUACCCGUAUUGCAGACUCGACGGACAAACGCCCCAUGAAGACCGUCAGAGACAAAUUAAUGAAUACAAUGAAGAGGGCAGUAAAAAGUUUGUUUUCAUGUUGUCUACUAGAGCCGGUGGUUUGGGUAUCAAUUUGGCGACAGCUGAUGUUGUAAUUAUUUACGAUUCUGAUUGGAAUCCUCAGAUGGAUUUGCAAGCAAUGGAUAGAGCGCAUAGAAUUGGCCAAAAAAAGCAAGUCAGAGUAUUUAGAUUUAUUACUGAUAAUACUAUAGAAGAAAAAAUUGUUGAACGUGCUAAUGUUAAGCUGCGUUUGGACAAGCUUGUUAUACAACAAGGCAGAUUAGUUGAUUCCAAAGCUGCAACUUUAAAUAAAGAUGAAAUGUUAAAUAUGAUCAGGCAUGGAGCUAAUCAUGUAUUUGCGUCAAAAGACUCUGAGAUUACCGAUGAAGAUAUUGAUGUAAUUUUACAAAGGGGUGAAACCAAAACCCAAGAAUUGGCUCAAAAAAUGGAAACUUUGGGGGAAUCUUCAUUGAGAAAUUUCACAGUGGAUGCUCCAACUCAAUCCGUUUAUAAAUUCGAAGGAGAGGAUUAUCGAGAAAAACAAAAAAAUCUUGGAAUGAGUAAUUGGAUUGAGCCUCCCAAAAGGGAAAGAAAAGCUAAUUACGCUGUUGAUGCUUAUUUCAAGGAAGCCUUAAGAGCUUCGGAGCCCAAGGCACCAAAAGCACCACGUCCGCCCAAGCAACCUAUGGUGCAAGACUUCCAAUUUUUCCCACAGCGUCUUUUUGAACUUUUGGAUCAAGAAAUUUAUUAUUACAGACAAACUUUAGGCUAUAAAGUUCCCAAAAACCUAGAGUUGGGACCAGAAGCUAACAAACAACAACGUGAACAGCAAAAGAAAAUUGACGAUUCCCAUCCCCCCACAGAAGAGGAGCAACAAGAAAAAGAACAAUUACUAACCCAAGGUUUUACUGAUUGGAACAGAAGGGACUUUAAUCAAUUCAUUAAAGCUAACGAAAAAUAUGGCAGAGACGACAUUGAAAAUAUUGCUAAAGAAGUUGAAGGCAAAACCCCAGAAGAAGUCGUGCAAUAUUCUGCAGUAUUUUGGGAACGAUGCCACGAAUUGCAAGAUGUCGAGAGGAUAAUGGCUCAAAUUGAACGCGGAGAGUUAAAAAUUCAACGAAGAGCCAGCAUAAGGCGAGCUUUGGACGCAAAAAUUGGCAGAUACAGAGCACCAUUCCAUCAAUUGCGUUUGGCAUAUGGCAAUAACAAAGGCAAAAACUACACAGAAGAAGAGGACAGAUUUUUAGUUUGCAUGUUGCAUAAAUUUGGUUUUGACAGGGAACAUGUUUACGAAGAACUUAGAGCUGCUAUAAGAGCUUCUCCCCAAUUUAGAUAUGAUUGGUUUUUCAAGUCUAGAACUGCCAUAGAGUUGCAGAGACGUUGUAAUACUUUGAUAACGUUAAUCGAAAGGGAAAAUUCUGAAGUGGAAGAGAAGGAGAAGAAGGAAAGAAAGAAAAAUCCAUUGAAGACUGGCCAGUCCACUGGUCCACAAACACCUGAAAAAUUAGCACAAAAGAGGAAGGACAUUACCAGUACUUCUGUAUCGGGGGACAAAAGGAAGAAGAAAAAAUAGCAGUUUGUUUAGACAGGAAUUACCUCGAGAAUUACGGUAUUAAUUGCAUUAUGUAGUUAUUGUGUGCUGAUUACAAUAGUUGCAAUAACUAAAAUCUCAAAUAUCAAUCAAUUUUUUUUGUAAAACUGCCUAACUGCCUAUUCUAUACUUUUAAGUUAGCUAAUUUUAUGACUUUUUAUUACGUGUAUGUACUUAGUCUUUUGUAAUUUAAUAAAUUUAGAAAAUAAUAAUUUAUGACGCAA